AAAAAGUAUAACUUAUGGAUUAGGCAAAUAAGUUACAAUACCAAUAACAAGUAGAGAAGUACCUAGAAACAAACAAGGUGUAUAGCAUCUUUGAGGAUUUGCUAAAAUCACUUAUUAUUAAGAAGCCUGAUGAUCCAAUACAAUUUCUGAUCAAUAAAUUAUAGGAACCUGAAAGUACUUUUCAACUCUCAUUCAAGCAAAAAAAAUAUUCGUAAUAGGACCUCCUGGAUCCAAAUUACUAGAGCUUUCCCUAACGCUUGCUGAAUAUAUGAAUUUCCAUUGUGUUUCAAUUGGGGACUUGAUCGAAAAAGAAUUAAGCAAGAAAUCAGAAUUGGUAUUGAUAUGAUACAUAAGUGUAGAGUCAAUAAAUUUAGGAUUCUUUGGAUAAAUUUUAAUAUGUCAGUGAUGACAUUGUGAUAAAUAUUGCAUUAAAUCAAAUUUAACAUUUCGAAUAGGAGAAAAAAAGUUACAUCUUUGAAGGAUUCCCUAAAACUAGAGUCUAAGGUUUAGCAUUCUAAAAGGAGGGAAUCAUUCCUGAUGCUUUUCUCAUACUGGAAAUGUCUGAGGAGAAGAUCUAUUAAUGUUGUCUUAAAAAAUUGGACACAGAACCAUUCAGUAAAUUGAGCAACAAGGAGGAUUUGGCAAGAAAUCAUUCAUUAGAAUAUCAAUUGAAUCUUAAACAAGUUAAGGAAAUUUACAAGAAUCAAUACUUUUCUGUUGAUGGAGAAAAAAACUAUGAAUUAGAAGAUAUGGCUGUAUUAUUCCUAUAUAUUCAUAUUGUAGUAACGACUCAAAUACAAACUAUACAACAAUGCACCAACCAGAGCUGGGAGAAUUCUGGUCAUAGGACCACCUGGAUCAGGUAGAUCUACAUUGGCCAAACACUUAUGUUCAAGAUAUGGAUUUGUGUACGUUUCAACAAGGGAAUUGAUUUCGAAUUUGGUUAAUAAGAAAGGUACUACUGGUAAGGAAGCCUUUGAAAAGGUGAAUAAGGGGGAACUUGUGGAUGACAGGAUUAUUAAUGCUCUGAUAAAGGAAAGAAUCAAUCAGACGGAUUGUGAAUUGUAGGGUUAUGUUCUUGAUGGAUAUCCUAAAACAGAAUAAUAAAUGGAAUCCUUAAAUGAACUCAACAUUCAACCGACUUUGAUUGUCAUUAUUGAUGCUGUGGAUGAUGUUGUUCUAAAGAGACUAACUUCACGUAGGACCGAUCCCAUUUCUGGUAGAAUCUAUAAAUCUAGUGAUGAGGCAGACAAAGAAGUCAAACCAAGACUCGUAAUUGCUCCGAAUGACAAAAGAGAAAUUGUGCAACCCAGGUAUUGAUUGAUAUUCACUUUAGAUUGAAAAGAUGGGAUGAUUUAAAAUAACUAAUUGAUGGUACACCAAAGUAUGCUUCAGUAAUUUUCAAGGUUUCAGGAGAUGCUCUUUUAAACAACAUGAUCGAAUCAGUAUGUUAUCAUUUAGAGAAAAUGAAUUGAUAUAUUUUUGUUAGUUUAUUCAUAACAAUUAUAAUAGUUAUAUAUUAAGGAUUAGUUUUUUUNGAGGAUUUGCUAAAAUCACUUAUUAUUAAGAAGCCUGAUGAUCCAAUACAAUUUCUGAUCAAUAAAUUAUAGGAACCUGAAAGUACUUUUCAACUCUCAUUCAAGCAAAAAAAAUAUUCGUAAUAGGACCUCCUGGAUCCAAAUUACUAGAGCUUUCCCUAACGCUUGCUGAAUAUAUGAAUUUCCAUUGUGUUUCAAUUGGGGACUUGAUCGAAAAAGAAUUAAGCAAGAAAUCAGAAUUGGUAUUGAUAUGAUACAUAAGUGUAGAGUCAAUAAAUUUAGGAUUCUUUGGAUAAAUUUUAAUAUGUCAGUGAUGACAUUGUGAUAAAUAUUGCAUUAAAUCAAAUUUAACAUUUCGAAUAGGAGAAAAAAAGUUACAUCUUUGAAGGAUUCCCUAAAACUAGAGUCUAAGGUUUAGCAUUCUAAAAGGAGGGAAUCAUUCCUGAUGCUUUUCUCAUACUGGAAAUGUCUGAGGAGAAGAUCUAUUAAUGUUGUCUUAAAAAAUUGGACACAGAACCAUUCAGUAAAUUGAGCAACAAGGAGGAUUUGGCAAGAAAUCAUUCAUUAGAAUAUCAAUUGAAUCUUAAACAAGUUAAGGAAAUUUACAAGAAUCAAUACUUUUCUGUUGAUGGAGAAAAAAACUAUGAAUUAGAAGAUAUGGCUGUAUUAUUCCUAUAUAUUCAUAUUGUAGUAACGACUCAAAUACAAACUAUACAACAAUGCACCAACCAGAGCUGGGAGAAUUCUGGUCAUAGGACCACCUGGAUCAGGUAGAUCUACAUUGGCCAAACACUUAUGUUCAAGAUAUGGAUUUGUGUACGUUUCAACAAGGGAAUUGAUUUCGAAUUUGGUUAAUAAGAAAGGUACUACUGGUAAGGAAGCCUUUGAAAAGGUGAAUAAGGGGGAACUUGUGGAUGACAGGAUUAUUAAUGCUCUGAUAAAGGAAAGAAUCAAUCAGACGGAUUGUGAAUUGUAGGGUUAUGUUCUUGAUGGAUAUCCUAAAACAGAAUAAUAAAUGGAAUCCUUAAAUGAACUCAACAUUCAACCGACUUUGAUUGUCAUUAUUGAUGCUGUGGAUGAUGUUGUUCUAAAGAGACUAACUUCACGUAGGACCGAUCCCAUUUCUGGUAGAAUCUAUAAAUCUAGUGAUGAGGCAGACAAAGAAGUCAAACCAAGACUCGUAAUUGCUCCGAAUGACAAAAGAGAAAUUGUGCAACCCAGGUAUUGAUUGAUAUUCACUUUAGAUUGAAAAGAUGGGAUGAUUUAAAAUAACUAAUUGAUGGUACACCAAAGUAUGCUUCAGUAAUUUUCAAGGUUUCAGGAGAUGCUCUUUUAAACAACAUGAUCGAAUCAGUAUGUUAUCAUUUAGAGAAAAUGAAUUGA